AAUUGAUUAUAGAGUGUUUACAAUAUCUGAGGGAGUGAUUUUUAAUUAAAUGUUAAUGUGCAUGAAAACCGCCUAAGGAGAAAGAUUGAAUUUGAGAUUUCCGUUAGCACCACCAGAGAAUUUGAUUCUACAAUAGACCUGGAGGGGAACCCAGGAAUUUACUUUGGAAAAACCUCCAAGACUCUCAGGUAAUCCUUUAUGAAAGUGGUUUGCCCACUCCAGUUUGAGAAACACCGACUCGACCUAAAAGUCUUUACAAUGCUCAGAUUUUGGAAAUGGUAUUGACCUGCAAGUACCUCAUGAAGUUAUUAAUUUGAACGCGUGGUGGCAGUGCAGGCUAAGAGAGUAAAUCCAAGUUCUGCAGAUUCCGCGGACGCCAUUUCACCGAGAAACCCAAGAAAAAAUACAGAGCGCAUUUAACCUAAAGCCAAGAUAAAAGUGUUCAGAAAGGCAGUCAUCGCUAAAGUAAAAGAACGAAUUCGAAGCAAAGACCUUCAGGACGGUUGAAGGUGGACGUGGUGAUUGGGAGUCCAAAAGGAUUUUUCCUCUGCAAUCACGCAUAACAAUAGAGAUGGCGCAAACAAAAGCCCAUCGCAAGAAAAGGCAAGUGGCGACCUUCAUUGUAUUCAUGCUUUUGUGGGAGGCGGGUUCAGAAUCUAUUCAGUAUUCUGUGUGGGAGGAGACAGAAAGUGGCACAUUUGUUGCCAACUUGACAAAAGACCUGGGACUCAGGAUGGGAGAGCUGGCUGCGCGGGGAGCCCGGGUUGUUUUCAAGGGGAACAGACACCAUUUGCAGUUUGACCCACAGACCUAUGAUUUGCUGCUAAAUGAGAAACUGGACCGGGAGGAGCUGUGUGGCUCCACUGAGCCGUGUGUGCUAGCUUUCCAAGUGUUACUGGAAAAUCCCUUGCAGUUUUUCCAGGCUGCCUUGCGAGUCAGAGAUAUAAAUGACCACGCCCCGGAGUUCCCGGCCAGAGAAAUGCUACUAAAAAUAUCAGAAACUACUGCACCAGGAAAAAUAUUUCCUUUGAAAAUGGCACAGGAUUUAGACGCGGGUAGCAACAGCCUUCAGAGCUACGUACUCAGCUCCAAUUCCCACUUCCACGUUCUCACUCGCAAUCGCAGUGACGGCCGGAAGUUUCCGGAGCUGGUGCUGGACAAAGCGCUGGACCGCGAGGAGCAGCCAGAGCUCAGGCUAACCCUCACGGCACUGGAUGGAGGGUCUCCACCCCGGUCAGGGACCACAGAGGUUCAGAUCCGGGUCUUGGACAGCAAUGACAACGCCCCCGAGUUUGCUCAGGAGCUUUAUGAGGCUCAAGUCGCCGAAAACGAAUCCCUCGGUUCUCUGGUUAUUACAGUCUCAGCGAGAGAUUUAGAUGCAGGAUCCUUCGGGGAGGUAACAUAUGCCCUAUUUCAAGUUGAUGACGUUAACCAACCCUUUGAAAUAAACACAAACACAGGAGAAAUUCGACUGAGAAAAACGUUGGAUUUUGAGGAAUUUCAGUCUUAUCACGUGGAUGUUGAGGCCACCGAUGGCGGGGGACUAUCAGGAAAAUGCUCUAUAGUCAUCAAGAUCCUGGACAUGAAUGACAAUGCCCCUGAAUUGACAAUGUCGUCACUCAUCAGCCCCAUCCCUGAAAACCUUCCAGAGAUGAUAGUGGCAGUUUUCAGUGUAUCAGAUGCAGAUUCUGGAAAUAACCAACAGGUUAUUUGUUCUAUAGAUGACAAUCUCCCCUUUCUUCUAAGACCAUCGGUGGAGAAUUUCUACACCUUGCUAACAGAAGGACCUCUGGACAGAGAGAGCCAGGCAGAGUACAACAUCACCAUCACCGUCACCGACUUGGGGACUCCCAGGCUGAAAACCCAGCACAACAUAACCGUGCUGGUCUCCGACGUCAACGACAACGCCCCGGCCUUCACCCAAACCUCCUACACCCUGUUCGUCCGCGAGAACAACAGCCCCGCCCUGUUAGAAUUCUUCAACAUCAUCUGUGUGGGAGAGAGCUAG